AUGGCCACCUUCUCCAGCCGCAGCAGCUACGUGUCCACUGCCUCCCCCAUGAGGAGCUCCGUCAUGAUGGCACCUUCUUCUCGCCUCAUGGGCUCCAUGAGAGCCGGCAGCGUUUACGGUGGAGCAGGAGGAUCUGGAGUCCGCAUCUCCCAAUCCUCUGCCAGCUUCUCCUCCGCCGCCGCUGGUGGCAAUGCAGCAGGUUUCAGCCUGGCCGAUGCCAUCGAUGACAACAAGAAGGCCACCAUGCAGAACCUGAACGACCGUCUGGCCUCCUACCUGGAGAAGGUCCGCAACCUGGAGAAGGCCAACGCUGAGCUGGAGCUGAAGAUCAAGCAGUUCCUGGACAGCAGAACAGCUCCUGCGAUGCACGACCACACCAGCUUCAGUGUCAGAAUCAAGGACGUUCAGGGUCUGAUCUUCCUGGCUGCUCGUGACAACGCAGCCCUCGUCCUGGCUAUUGACAAUGCUCAGCUGGCUGCAGAUGACUUCAAAGUCAAGUAUGAGCAUGAGCUGUCCAUGCGCCAGUCUGUGGAGGCUGACAUCGCCGGGCUGAAGAGCGUCCUGGGUGAGCUCAACCUGUCCAGGUCCGACUUGGAGGCCCAGAUCGAGGGGCUGAGGCAGGAGCUUAUCUACAUGAAGAAGAACCAUGAGGAAGACCUGCUGGCUCUGCGCACCCAGGUGGGACUGAAGGUGAAUGUGGAGGUGGACGCUGCUCCUCAGGAGGAUCUGUCUGCUGUCAUGGCUGGAAUCAGAGAGCACUACGAGAGCGUCGCCGCCAAGAACCGCAGAGACCUGGAGGCCUGGUUCCAGGCUAAGAGCAGCGAGCUGAACAAGGAAGUGACGCUGAGCACCGAGACCCUCCAGUUGUCCAAGUCUGAGAUCACCACAGUCAAACAAACCCUGCUGAGCCUGCAGAUCGAGCUGCAGUCCCAACUCAGCAUGAAAGCGUCACUGGAGGGAACUCUAGCAGAAACCAAGAGCAGGUACGGCAACAUGCUGGCGGCCUACCAGGGACAGGUGCUUGGCCUGGAGGAGCAGCUGGCCCAGCUGAGGGCCGACCUGGAGCACCAGAAGCAGAUGUACGCUGACCUGCUGGAUAUCAAGACCAGGCUGGAGCUGGAGAUCGCCGAAUACAGAAGGCUGCUGGACGGAGAGAUUGCCAGUGUCUCCACAACCACUACAACCAAGACGGUGGUGAUAGUCCAAUAGGUGGUUGAUGGGAAUGUGGUCUCCUCUUCCACACAGUGAGAUGUGCCAGACUCCAGAGCAGGAUGGAUAAAGUAAAAUCAUUGUGUAGAUUCAC